CAGGGGCGGGUCCGGGGACCACGUGGCCCGCUAAGGGGGUGACCGGGUCGCGAGGGCGGAAUAGGCAAAGCUGGCCUCGCCCUGAGUGCCCUCCCCCCCGCGAUGGGCGUGCAGCCCCCCAACUUCUCCUGGGUGCUCCCGGGCCGGCUGGCCGGGCUGGCGCUGCCGCGGCACCCCGCGCACUACCAGUUCCUGCUGGACCUGGGCGUGCGGCACCUGGUGUCCCUAACGGAGCGCGGCCCCCCUCACAGCGACAGCUGUCCGGGCCUCACGCUGCACCGAAUCCACAUCCCUGACUUUUGCCCGCCGGCCCCGGAACAGAUCGACCAAUUUGUGAAGAUCGUGGACGAGGCCAACGCCCGCGGAGAGGCUGUCGGAGUGCACUGUGCCCUGGGCUUUGGCCGCACCGGCACCAUGCUGGCCUGCUACCUGGUGAAGGAGCAGGGCUUGGAUGCAGGGGAUGCCAUUGCUGAGAUUCGGCGCCUGCGGCCGGGAUCCAUUGAGACCUAUGAACAAGAGAAAGCUGUCUUUCAGUUCUACCAGCGAACAAAAUAAGGAACUCGACAGCUCCCCCUGUCUGCUGCUGCUUGUGGAAAAUGUGGCCAGGGAGGAUGGAAAGUGGACUUAAGUUCUACAGCCUUCAGCUCCCUUUGCCUCCUAUUGGACAGAAGUAGUAUUUCCCCGAAGCCAUAACCUGAUUGACAGGAUGGCUGAGACCCCAUGAAUAUAAGUUAAUAACUAAUAAGAACUCAUUUGCACUGCAUGGCGUUACACAGCACUCCCAGUACAUCAACUCCAUGUAAGCCCUGGGUUGUAGAAAAGAUAAAAGCCAUUUCUGUUCUUUGAAUGAGGUGGCUAGAGCUCAUGGUCACAGUUCUGGAAAACAGAAGGAUGGGCCAGGACUGCAACACACGCUUUUGUCUCCUUGAAGAUGUUGAAAUUCUAGGUGCUGUUCCCUAAACGUAUGUGAUAUGGUUUCUAGAGAACGGGUUAGUGAAAGAGAUCCGUGUCUCUGGCCACCCAGCUCCGAGCAGCCUCGGGGCUCUACACUCCCACACCAGGAGUGUCCUUGUUGAUAUCACCCCUUAUGUAGGCUCAUCUGCUCCCACUUGGGUCACCUUUGUUCUUCUCAGGGUACAGAAGACUUGGGUGUCACAGAUGUCUCUCUUCUCCCCCCUUCCUCUCCCCCUCCCCCUCCUUCUCUCUCCCCCUCUUCCCCUCUUACCAGCCUCAGGUGUACCCAGCUCAUUUGUUACCUCCAGCCUCUGUGUCAUCCCCAGCCUCAAGCCAAGGAAUGCCUGAACUGAGUCUUGGUGGUUAUAUAGAGUGGAUAUUAAGUAAUCAAAUAAAUAACUCUGGGCUGUGACUCUUG